AUGUCCUUGCUCCAUCUGGCCUUGGCCGUAGGUUUCUUCACAGAAGCUUUGGCAACCGGUCACUUGCCUCGUCAGACACAAGGGCCAGCUAUCAGACCCAGAGCUGAAGAGCAUCGCUAUGUACUCAGUCCACCCAAUCAUGGUCAAAUCGUUCUUUACCCACCUCCCCCUGACAGAGUAAAAGGAUCGGUCAGCGUAUGGACAGAGUACUUGAUAGAGACUGGAGGUUCCACUAGUUGGAUUGGUUCUGAUCCUUCUUACAUUUCAGUCGAGACUACUACAAGCACCGACGCUGAAGGAGCCACCGUGACGGGUACUAUUAAUAAGGCUAUUGAUGUUGUCAAAAACGCCAAUGGCGGUCUCGAUAUUAUCUUAAGCCCGGCUUUCAGAGAAAGGGUUGAGGCUAUUUUGAAGGACGUGCCACCAUGCACCAGCAGGAAGCUUCGGAGACGACAAGCUUCAGUUUGCGGACUGGAGGCGGCUAGGAAUCGUAUUCUUGACGAUCAAGGCGUAGCUGAUGUUUUUCAUGAACAGGUUCACGGAAAAAUCUCUGAGGAAGCUGGGCUGGAGUCUGAUGGAGACUCGGGGUAUGGAAGUGGUGAUGGGAGCGAUGAUGGAAGCGAUGAUGGGAGUAAUGACGGCAGCAAUGGAGGUGACAACGGAAAUGAAGGUAACGAAGUGACUGAAGGAACUGACCAAGACGGUUUCUCCGAAGGCGAAGUGGGACCCGCCGGCUCAGAAGCAGGCGACACAGUCGAGGCAGUGGUCUUGGUCGCUGAAGAAGACGCUGCAGUUAUAGGAGCAGCGGUCGGAGAAGUUGAAGGCGCAUUCGUGGCAGGUGGACUUACUCUGACAGCCGUCACCUUUUUGGGUAUCCUACUGAGGGCCGCUGACACUACAGGAAAGGUUGAUUCUGUUUACCAUAUCCCUCCUGAGGAUAUUCAGACCGUAUCGAAAACCAAGUCAGAUGCGACGAAAGCACCUACUUCAACAUCCUCAGCGUCGACUUGUCCAACUGCACUGCCUGAAUGCGACGAUAACUGCAAGGUUACUAAGGUCUCGAACGCCAAACCAACCGAGGUUCCGUGGUCCUGCUCCGGAAAUUCUAAAGGCUGCAAAUGCAACCCAAAGGGCGAGGAAGUCAUACACGUGUUUGACAAUGAUUUCGAGAACAUGAUCCUGUUUGCCUUGGGAAAUCUCAAUGGGCCAGAUGACCCCGGUGAACCUGAGAUUACAUGUCCUGACGAGUUCUCUGACGUCCCAAGUUUAUUCUUUGGAGGGGUUGCCGAUGGCUUUUGCGAUUACAUCAAAGAUAACUUUGACGACGAGAACAAGGAUCUUCUCUUCGACAUCAACGGCGGCAAGAUUCCCGUCCUUAGUCGCCGAUCUACCGAGCUGGCUCGAAGAGCACCGCCAGAGGAUCGGGAUAACUACCUCGACUACAAAUUCGCCGUUUCGUGGAUUCCUAGAGAAGGGCAGUGUUUGUUCGACAGGGAUAAUAUGUGCACUGAAGCCUUCAAGAUGUUGAUUCAGGAACAGCCUUGUGGACAGAACCAUGGUUCUGCGCAGAACCGAAUGACUGUUGAUGCAAAGAUUGGCGUGGGAUGCGGCGAGUUCAAAUGGAACGUUGUUGCACCUGAUGAGCCCAAGCCUCAACCCCAACCUGAACCCCAGCCCGAACCUCCUGCUCUUGGUAGUCAAGAAUGUUACGACAGACAUAGCCACCGAGACGUGAAGGAUAGCGAUCAGGGUACACAGGCAACCAUUGGCUGUAGUAAUUUUGCAAAGGAUAAGAAAAUCAAGGCUGGUGACAAUGAAGUCUACUGGCAUCCGAUCGGUAUAGCUGGACCUUCACACUUGAACUACAAGAUUUCGUGGAAAGAGGGUUGUAACCAGUUUGAGGAGCAGUCGCUAAAUGAUCCAGUCGAUGGCGAGACCUGCUACAGUCUUAUGCGUGCUAAUUACAAGUCUUGUAAUAAUGGUGGAGCAGGAGGAUACAGGGAUGCCGGCUGUCUGAGAUAUGAGUUUUAUGUGUAG